AUGACAAUGCGGCACUGCGACACGCAGCAGCUGCUGCAGAACGUAUUUAUGUUCGACGGGGACGUGCUGCUCAUGACAGAUCGGGACAAGAACAAGGCGAUCCGGGGCAUUGGGCGCAUGGCGGGCGGGGCGGUAGGUGGACAAGCGCUGUUAGUCACUCUGGACGAGUGGCUAUGGAAGGACGGACAGAAGGGCCGGUGGGAGACGGCAGAGCUAAGCAAGCAGCUGGCGGCGUUGACAGGGCAACAUAUCGGGGUGGAGCUGACGGUGGCAGACUAUCGACACGUGACAAUCGAGCUGGGGCGGAAGAUCCGGGGUCUGGUGGUACGACAGCUCGAGGUAGAUAUCGGGACAGCCGAACAGGAUGACAUUGGAGGCGGUGGGGGGCCGAGACAUGAAGAUCCAGCGACAGGCGAGACACGGGAGCAACAAAAGACAGAGUCUAUCUGGGAUCUUGGCGGCGGCGAUCAGGACCGAGACAAUGAUCACAAGAGCGCUGGCAAGGACAAGAAGAGACAAGCCAAAGCAGCAAGCAGGGGCAGGGACGAUGACAAAGAUAGUAAAGGCAGCAAGAAAAAGAAGGUGGGCAGCGUCAGACCCAGCCCGAGGGCUACGGAGAGGAAAGACGGCAGGGACAAGAUCAACAAUAGCAGCAGCAACGGGAGCUGCGAGACAGGGAUAGACGACGGGCUGCGCACACUGCUAGGGAUCAACGCCCGCUGGAAGACGGAGGAGCAGCGGGCGGCGAUGGCAAAGGUGAUGGCAAUAAAGGACGGACAGGCACUCAUCGUGGUGCUGCCGACGGGUGGCGGAAAGAGCAUUCUCUUCAUGCUGCCGGCGGUGACGGAGAAGACGGGGACGACAGUGGUGGUGGUGCCGUUCGUGGCGCUGAUGGACGAUCUGGUGGCGCGGGCACGGGACUUUGGGGUAGACAGUCUGCGAUGGCAGACGGCCGCACAGACGGGGCGGGACGAGCCCCAGCGAGAGGCACGGCUGGUGGUGGUCAGCGCGGACGUUGCUAGCAGUAACGAGUUCAUAACAUACGCGGACGGGUUGCGGACGCGGGGUCUGCUGCGACAGAUCUUUAUAGACGAAUGCCACAAGAUCAUCAUGGACGCCGAGUACCGGGCUAAGCUAGCGGGGCUUCAAGGGCUGUACCGGUUCGACUGCCCGGUAGUACUGCUAACGGCAACGCUGCCGGUGCGGCUGGAACGGUGGUUCCGGCAAGCGAUGGUGGCGGAGGUCAAGGCGGGCAAGGGCAUGGUGGAAGAAGAGGUGGUCCGGACGGUCAUGCGGAUAGAGAAGGGGAUGCGUUCGGGACAGAAAGGAGUGGUAUAUUGCUGA